UUUGUGGCCCUCAGGAUUCCACCUCUCUCGCCGGUAGCAAAGAUGGCGGCGCCGAGGUCCCGGUCACAUGACGGAUGACGUCAUGCAGGGGCGGAGUGCGAUGCGGUGAGAACGGAGGAAAACAAAGAUGGCGGAGUGAGUCGGCGGAUCGGGAUGUCCGAGGAGCGGGAGGAGCAGGGGCCCAUGGCCUCAUCUUCUUCCGCGGAGCAGGAGGAUCCUCCGGGCGGAGCGGGCCCGGCCCGGCUUCUCCUGCUGCCCCCCGAGCAGGACCAGGACUGGCCGCCCAAGAAGCGGCUGCGGGUGGAGGCCGAGCCUGGGAGCGUCCGCCUGGAGGAGCGGCUGUACUCGGUGCUGUGCUGCACGGUGUGCCUGGACCUGCCCAAGGCCUCCGUCUACCAGUGCACCAAUGGACACCUGAUGUGCGUUGGCUGCUUCAUCCAUCUCCUGGCAGACGCUCGGCUGAAGGAAGAACAGGCCACGUGCCCAAACUGCCGCUGCGAGAUCAGCAAGAGCCUGUGCUGCCGGAACCUGGCGGUGGAGAAGGCGGUGAGCGAGCUUCCCUCCGAAUGCGGCUUCUGCAUGAAAGCGUUCCCCCGCUCGCUGCUGGACAGACACAAGAAGGAGGAAUGUCAGGACCGAGUAACGCAGUGUAAAUACAAGAGGAUUGGCUGUCCGUGGCAGGGUCCAUACCACGAGUUGACCGUGCAUGAGUCCGAGUGCUGUCAUCCCACCAAGACCGGGAAUGAGCUCAUGGAGAUCCUGGAUGAGAUGGACCAAAGCCACAAGAAGGAGAUGCAGUUGUACAACAGCAUCUUUGGCCUGCUUAGCUUUGAGAAGAUCGGAUACACAGAAGUCCAGUUCCGACCUUACAGAACAGAUGACUUCAUCACCCGCCUGUACUACGAGACGCCGCGCUUCACCGUGCUCAACCAGACCUGGGUGCUGAAGGCCCGUGUCAACGACUCCGAGAGGAACCCCAAUUUGUCUUGCAAGCGAACCCUCUCCUUCCAGCUCAUCCUAAAAAGCAAGAUCAACUCCCCAAUGGAGUGCUCAUUCCUGCUGCUGAAGGGCCCCUACGAUGACGUGAAGAUCCACCCGGUGAUCUACCACUUUGUGUUCACCACUGAGAAUAACGAGACGGAGUACGUGCCGCUGCCCAUCAUAGACUCUGUGGAGUGUAACAAAUUGCUGGCCGCCAAGAACAUCAACUUGCGGCUCUUUAUAUUCCAGAUCCAGAAGUGAACCGUACUUACCUCAGCCUUGCCCCUGUCCAGACCCUCCGGGUCACACCUGUCCGCAGCUGGAGAGUCGCGGAGGAGUUUGUCUUACUUUUUAAUCAGUUUGCUUUUAAUUACUUUGUAGUUUGCAUGUGUCUGCUAGAGACGUCUCCUGCAUCAGUUCCGGUCCCCUUAUCUUUCUUUCUUCCCUCCAGCUUUUCUGUUUGUCACGGUUUCUAUCAGUAUUUUUCGGUUUGAAGUGUUAGCUCUCUGUCCUGCCCGCGCUGGGUGGUGGAGAGGGAAGGCCUGCCGAGAGCCGUCUCCAAAGGUGGCGGUCUCUUCGGUUCUCGUUUGAUGACCCAGAUCUUGUAAUGCUGACUUCAUCAUGGCCGUCAUGGGCGAAUAGGCCUGGAGGAUGGAGGACGCCAGUCAUGUCACACCGCCAGUCAUCCAGGACUCCUCCCCAACACAGUGUAGUCUGGAGGAUUGUGCAUGACACCGAUUUUCCCAGUCUCCGCCCCCUUAUCUCACUCCACAGGCUAUGUUACAGCUAAGCUCCGCCCAUGAUCUCACUCCACAGGCUAUGUUACAGCUAAGCUCCGCCCAUGAUCUCACUCCACAGGCUAUGUUACAGCUAAGCCCCGCCCAUGGUAGGGAGCAUUUAUCAGAUGUCGGCUGGAAAUGAUGCUUCAUGGGACUAGCUCAUAAGAAUCGAUCCCUCUCUGCUGUCCUACCUCGAGGUGGGGGAGGUGUCCUCGUGCAUGACUAUCUGGUGACCGGCGGGCUCCUUUAAGGGGAUGCGUAUAGAGCGCAGUCUGCAGUGGGUGGAGAUGAGCCUUACUGUAGGUAACACGGGUUCAAGAUGGCGGAGAGAAUGUUACAGCUUGAGAUGGAGGUGGCUGGACAGCAGUUUAGUAGAUCUAAUGAUGGUGAUCAGGCUUACACGGGGAUUUAACCCCUGCGGGGACAUGUCCUUCUAGACGUCCACGUGUCUGCUCUUCCUGCCCAGGCCGUUGUCCGCCGCCAUGUUGUCUCUGUCUAUCAGUCUGUUAUCACGCUGCCUUGCUCCUGGAGCCUCAUUCUGUUAGUUUUAAUUAGUUGUGAGUAUAAAUGUCCCAGGGCUGGAUCGGGCCCCAGAUGGUGGGCAGAAGGUCUGGCCUCAGGGUCUCGGCCUCUGUAUGUUUUACUUUAUUUUUGGCUGAUAAAUAAUAAAAAUGGUUCCUCAAACCA